AUGGUGAACACCCAGGUGAUUGCCAAGGGGCAGGAGCAAGUGCAAGCUGUUGUCACACUUAGGUUAGGGAGACAAGUGGACAACCAAGUAAUUAUUCCUGAAGAGAACCCUACUGCACAAGAAGAGCAAGGAAGUGGCAGCACAGAGGAGAGAAAUGUAGAGCCAUCUAUAGCCACUGUUAAGAUUCCUCCUAGGUCAUUUGUACCUAAGGCACCCUACCCUAACAGAUUGCUUAUGCCCAAGAAUGGAGGAAAGUUUGAAAACAUCAUGAAGGUAUUCAAGCAAGUUCAGAUCAACAUCUUGUUUUUGGAUGUCAUCCAGCAAGUACCGUCUUAUGCCAAGUUCUUGAAGGACUUAAUCACUACCAAGAGGAAGUCGAAUGUCCCAAAGAAGGUUGACAAGUUCUAUUUCCCCAUGGAUUUCAUAGUGCUUGAUACAGAGCCGAUUGAGAAUGUUGGAGUUCAGAUACCGGUGAUCUUAGGGAGACCAUUCUUAGCUACCGCUAAUGCCCUAAUCAAAUGUAGAAUGGAGGUGAUGAAGAUCUCUUUCGAUAACAUGAUGGUGGAGCUGGACAUCUUUGAGAUCAACAAGAAGCCGAGGGAAUGUGAUGAGAUCAGAAGUGUCUGCUUGAUCGAGGAGAUUAUUGAUGAAGCUUUUGGAGAGGAUUUGGACUUGGAUAAGUUACUUGAGCAGGCGGAUGCCAUUCUGGAGUUUGCUCCUUUGGAAAGUCCAGCAAACACUUUGCCUGUGAUCAUAGCUUUAGAUUUACUUGCUGCUCAAGAGGAGAAAUUGUUGGAUGUCUUGAAGGAGCACAAGGAAGCUAUAGGCUGGACCAUUGAAGACAUAACGAGAAUUAGCCCUUCGGUGGUGAUGCACAAGAUACAUCUAGAGGAGGACGCCAAGCCAUCGAGGGAGCCACAAAGAAGGCUCAACCCAGUUAUGGAAGAAGUUGUGCGAGCUGAAGUGAUUAAGCUGUUGGAUGCAGGUAUCAUCUAUCCAAUUUCUAACAGCAAGUGGGUGAGCCCAAUUCAUGUUGUGCCCAAGAAAGCUGCAGUGGCGGUAGUGCAAAACAAGGACGGCGAGUUGGUGCCAACUCGAGUUCAGUUAGGAUGGAGAGUUUGCAUCGACUACCACAAGUUGAACACCGCCAACAGGAAUGAUCAUUUUCCACUCUCAUUCAUUGAUCAGAUGGUAGAGCGAUUGGCAGGGCACGAGUACUAUUACUUUUUGGAUGGUCAUUCUGGAUAUAACUAG